AUGGCGACAGCGACAAUGGCAACUUCUCAACGCGUUUUCCGUAUACCUCCAGAGAUUUCACUUGAUAAAAUCAAUUCCUACACCUGCCCUCCCAAAAUGCCGGCUGCGAUUCUGCAUGAUUGCCGAUCUGCGGUGACACCGAGCAGCAAAUCUGAGAGGGAGAGAGAACCUGCAGAUGGGGAGGACGAAGAACAUCUGGUAGUUAUCGAGGAUGAUGGGUCCGAUUCGGACUCGGAAGCUGAGGGAAGCGAAGCUGAUAGGGAAGGUCCUGAGCUAGACAAUUCGCCGGCUAAUGGGGAGAGUAAUCGCAAGGCGAACACAGUAGGCGAUCUGUUACCGACCCCAAACAAGCGGAAGCUCGAUCAGCUUAGUCCACCCAACGAUAUCGAUUAUAAUUCCGAUAAUUCUGCCAAAGACGGCACCGAGGGCUUGCGACCCCAGAAGCAACAAAAACAACCCAACUCAUAUAAUGGCUCUCCAAUAGAUCGCGAUACUCUAUCGCUGCACGAUAGGACUGGUCAUAAUUCCGGUAAUAAUAACGGUCGAAUUAAUGGCGGCGAUGGCGAACACCUGUCUAGGCCCAGAACAGACAGCGUGACUCGGUCUGGCUCCCCACAAACAUCCUCUCCAAGAGCGAAGGCUAGAGAUGGACUCAGCGCCAACACGGCUUACCAGAUAGCCGAUGUUACUCUUUACCCUGUGCCAAAGGCCUUGUCGAUUAUAACAGCAAUUGUCCGUUGCAAUAAGUCGAAAUUGCCUCUAGACCUGGGAGGGCUUGAUACCAGCAUUCUCGGAGAGAAAGGUCAAAUCAUCCGGAUAACCCAGGUAUCGCAGGAUUCGUGGUUGUUACUGGGAUGCCGAUAUGAUGAUGGUGCAUCAGACUCGCGUCCUCGUCGAAGCUGGACGAUGCUCAGUGCAGACCAGAAGAGCAAUCCUCACAGCGAUGCGGCGAAUCAUGACGCUAACCAUGCAGACAACCACAUGGGCGAAGAGGACGAGGAUGAGGAUGCAGGUGAAGACACAACGGAAUACAGACCUUAUGCUAUGGGCACUGAUCCGAGGUUCAACAGAGGCGAUAUGCCCUUCCGCAAACGAACGCGCGUUCCGUGGUUGGAGUCCGACGACCAGCGGUUACUCGCGUACAGGAAUAAUAUGGCCAUGGAGUGGAAGGAUAUAUUUAAACGCUUCCCAGAUCGGACUCCAGGCGCACCGUCUGCCAAGGACGACCGGGUGACGACAAGGACGCACUUGCUCACUGCGCGUUCCAUCAACCCAAGGCCCAAGGUCUACUUGCCUAAGAGGGAGAAGGAACCCCACCUCGAACGUGCCCAAGUUGAAGCCUUUGAUACCCCCGAACUCCAACACUGGAAGGACGUGAAAGUCAGGAGACAGCUCCUGUUCAUAAACGACAGCGCAUCUCCAUGCUUGCAAUCAUUCGAUCCGAAGGGGGCCAGUCCUUAUCACACUCUUCGCUUUGGGGUUGCCAUCACGGUGGAGGGCCGGGAUAACCACGGGUCGGAUCGCCCGUGA